AUGGUGGCGUUGACUGAAGGUUGUAGUGCUAUAUUGAAGAAUAAAAUUCCUCCUAAAUUGAAAGAUUCGGGCAGCUUCACAAUUCCUUGUUCUAUUGGUGGUAAAGACGUUGGUAGAGCACUUUGUGACUUGGGGGCUAGCAUCAAUUUGAUGCCCAUGUCAAUUUUCAAGAAGUUGAGGAUUGGAGAAGCAAGACCAACCACAGUCACUUUGCAAUUAGCGGAUCGUUCUAUGGCACACCCGGAAGGAAAAAUUGAAGAUGUACUCGUGCAAGUUGAUAAAUUCAUUAUUCUGACUUAUCUCAUCAUUCUUGAUUAUGAAGCGGGUAGAGAUGUUCCUAUUAUCUUGGGUAGGCCAUUUCUAGCUACCGAGAGGACCUUGAUUGAUGUAAAAAAAGGGGAGUUUACUAUGAGGGUGAGUGACCAACAAGUGACUUUCAAUGUGUUUAAUGCUAUGAUGUUUCCGGAUGAGAUUGAGGAAUGUUCUAAGCUAAUUGUAAUUGAGUCUAUUGUCAUUGAAAAAUUCCACAAGGAAGCUUUUAAAGAUGGAGUGGGGGUGAGGUCACUUAAAGAGCUUGAAGACUUAAGUGAAGAGGAAGAUAGCCAAGUUACAUGA